AUGCCCAUCGCUUUAUCCAUCGAACGUCGUGGCCCUAUCAAAGGGGCACAAUUCCCUUUGCAAGUUGCACUACGGGACGACGCAACUGUGGGGAAGCUCAAGGACGGCAUCAGCGAGCGAGUCGCUAUUCUUCCAGUUGAGCGCCAGCGUAUUACCACCAGCGAGAACCGUGCGCUGGGCAAUGACGACAAGCGUCUGGAGGAUCUGGGCGUGAAAAGUGGCGAUAAGCUGUUUGUCAAGGAUCUCGGCCCGCAAAUCUCGUGGCGUACCGUAUUUCUAGUCGAAUAUGCGGGCCCACUUUUUAUCCACCCGUUCAUCUACUACAUUGCGCCGCAUGUGUGGGCUUACUUUGGCUAUCCAUUCACGGUAUCGAUUGUGCAAAAACUCACCCUCUUGCUUUGCAUGCUCCAUUUUCUCAAGCGCGAGCUGGAGACUAUUUUUGUGCACCGCUUUUCGCAUGCCACGAUGCCGCUCUUCAACAUAUUCAAGAACUCUACACACUAUUGGAUUCUUUCCGGUGUGCUCAUUGCUGUCGGCGUCUACUCUCCUUUCCACGGCGAGGAAGCGCUGCUUGGUUUAUGGCGCAAAAGCCCCACCUUCCUCGCCACAUGCGUCAUUGUCUGGGUCCUCGCCGAAUUUGGCAACUUGCAGACUCAUAUUAUUCUCAUGCGCCUUCGCCCUCCCGGCACGCGCGUGCGCAACAUUCCCCGCGGCGGCCUGUUUGAGAUGGUAAGCUGCCCGAAUUACUUCUACGAGGUUCUAUCUUGGGUCGCAGUCACGGUCAUGACCAUGUCUUUUGCUGCGCUUCUCUUUACCCUUGUCUCUGCUGCGCAAAUGACCGUCUGGGCCAUCAAAAAACACAAGGCGUACCGCAGCGAAUUCCAGGGCACGUAUCCCAAGCGCAAGAUUAUGUAUCCGUUCGUAUUUUAA